ACUGUGGGCGCCGCCCUGCGCGCGGGGACGCAGGGCGCGGAGCGAGGCCCCUCCUCGCGCCGAGGCAUUGAGCGCCUUUUUCCUCGUGCCUGGGCACGUGGCGGGCGGUGAGGGGCCGUGAGGUGCUGGCUGCUCGAGCUCUCGUAGCGCCGGCCGUGCUGGCUCUGGAGGCGGCGGCGUGGUGGUUGAGGUCCACGUGCCGGUGCUUCCCGGCCGGCAGGGUCUUCAGCAUCUGGCACAGUUCCUGUUGAGCUCCGUCAGGUUGAUCGGGGAUGGCCGCCAGCAGUGACAGCAUGCGGAGGGCUGGGUCGGCUCUCUGUGAGCCCGCAGAGGAGAAGGCUGUGCUGGUGCAGGCUCCCGCCCGGCUGCUGAGCCCCGCGGCUGUAAGGCUCGGGCUCGCGCCUUCCCAGGGCCGGCACGAACCGAGCGCCCUGAAGACGAGAGAAAACCCAGCGAUGUCUUUGCCUCGCCCAGCCCGCCCGUCCCCAGAGCCAGCAGUGGUGCAGGACGCGUGGCUGGCAGACUUCGUUGAGGGGUACCAGAAGGGCGCAGUUCACCCGGUGUCAGCCCUGCACUGCUUUGCACAGAGGUACAGCAUGCAGCUGGAUUUUAAAGAGACCGGUGUGGCAGGACGCGCCAUAAGUCCUUAUUUUGGCAUUAGUGCUGUGUUGGAUGGUGUUUACUACAAGACUGGAUUAGGAAGAAGCAAGAAGGAGUCUAAGCAGAAUGCAGCUAAAUUGGCUCUUGAUGAGCUACUGAAGUUGGAUUAUAUGGUGGCACCAGCUUCUGGAAAGUCAAGUCCUCCCCGUAUUCUGGUUGAGCCUGAAACUCCAGCAAGCUCUAUUGAUGUUUCAAGGAUCAGUUUUGAAGGACAACACCAUAUAUAUCAGAAAUUUUCGCAGACAGUUGAAGGAGUGUUUAACAGCCUGACUGCUGAACAUCCUGAGUACCAAAGCUGUGGCAGUUCACUGGCUGCCUUCAUCAUUGAGAAAGGUGGAGAGCAUAAAGUCGUAGCUCUAGGAACAGGAGACUGUAAUUACAGCAAUGAUUAUUCACCUGAGGGAAGAGUGGUGCACGACAGCCAUGCCAUCGUUACUGCACGACGUUCUCUUCUCCGAUAUUUUUAUCGACACCUUUUGCUGUUCUAUAAUGAAAAUCCAGCACACAGAGAGCAAUCCCUGUUUUGCACAGCACCUGACUCGAAGCUGCUUACCCUAAAGCGGAAUAUAAAUAUCUAUCUCUAUAUGAAUCAGCUGCCAAAAGGAUCUGCUCAGAUAAAAACACAGUUAUGUCUUAAUCCACAUUCUCUAACUGCUUGCCAAGCUGCUGAAGAGCUGUGUCUCCAUGUUGCUAUAGAAGGCAAAGUUUAUCUUUCUCUUUCUUGUCCUUCUAAAACUGUGAGAGUAAUCAGUAUGUCAGCUAGUGACAAGUUAACAAAAUGGGAAGUGGUUGGUGUUCAGGGAGCGCUGCUGAGUUACUUCAUUGAACCAGUGUAUAUCAACACUAUUCUUGUAGGAAAUGGAAAUUGCAGGAGUUUGAAGGGGUUAGAAAUAGCUAUAAGACAACGUAUUGACGAUGCGCUCACAGCAAAGCUUCCAGUGCUUUACGUGGUCAACAGAUCGUUUACUUACUUGGUGAACACCGUACAACCAAUUCAAGUGAAUUUGAAACAGAGGUCUCUCAGUUUGAAUUGGAUGUUGUCAGAUGUGCAGCUGGAAGUUGUGGAUGGGCUAAAUGGAAAAGUCACUGAAAGUUCACCGUUUAAAAGUGGCUCUUCCAUGGCGAGCCGCCUUUGUAAGGCAGCAAUGCUGAGUCGUUUCAAAUGCCUGGCUGGGCGAGCAAAACGAACUGACCUGCUUCAGGUUGCUACGUACCAUGAAGCUAAGGUCAAGUCUAAUUUGUAUCAGGAAGCUAAAAAGUUGCUGCACAGCUACUUAGAGCAACAUGGUUAUGGAUCCUGGAUUGUGAAGUCUCCGCAUAUUGAACAGUUCACUGAAUGAUUGCAAGAUGGAUUGUAUGUGGAGUCCGUUUUCUUUUGGUAAAAUGAGAUACUAAGUAGUAGAAAGUUCAGCUGUUAGUCAAGUGUUUAACUGUUGGGUUCAUGUUCGCGGUGAGAAAAUUGUUGAGCAUAUGUGUCCAACCUGCUAGUUUUAUAAUUUUGUUGCCCACUUUUUUUUUCUUGUUUAAUAAAAAACGCAGUUUUGUUACUUACGUUUACUAUGUUAUGUAUCUUACAUGCAACAAGAAAGUUGAUUUUUUUUCACACUGUGGCCCAGGCAAGAUAAAAGGUUGGACACCCGCUGCAUCUGCAUGUUGUAGAGCUUCCUACUUACUUGUAGUUAUUAAACUGGCUGUAACAGUGAAGUUUUUUCACAGGUAGGAGUAUGUAGCAGCGUUGCAUGUCUGUUUUGUUUUGCCUUCCAGCAUCACUUCAUUCCCUCCCUACAGUACAGAGUCACUUAUGUGCUUAAGUUCCUGCUAGUUGACUGUGCCUCAAACUUUUUGUAUGCCUUUUUCAUAACUCUUUUUUGGGGGGAAAUCAGUAAAAGUAGGAUUUCUGUAAUAAAUAGAUAAUGAUUCCUGUGUAUUACUUUUGGAAAGCAGUAUUGACUGUGCUCUAGCUGGAGGUGUCUUCUGUUAGAUACGAUUUUUGUUUAGCGUGGGUUCAUCACGUGUCUUGUAAUUCACUACGUGCUGUUUGUGGUCUUUGUAUUUCAAAAAGUGAAACUGAAUUAUCAAGCUGUUACUCACCUGUUUUGUGAUGAGCUGUGACACUCUUCACUAGUGAGUUUAAAUCAUCAUAAAGAUUUCAAAACUGUAAUUAAAAAUAGUAUGAUGUAGAAGUCACCAGUAACGAGGUUCCUUCAGUUUUUGGAGCUCCCUUAACAGCUGUCAGAUGUGAUUGUUGGACACCUUCUCCCACAGAGUACUUAAUUGGUGUACUUGUUCAUCCUUCCAAAAUUGUUUCUGUAUGGAAUAGUCUGAAAAGUGUUGCUUAUUGAGAGGGAAAUUGCUUCCUUGUAAAUUACCAUAAUAUUACAGUGACAAUUUGGUAAUGUUUGGGUGUUAACCAUCAUCUAGUUUUUUUUCAGACUGUUUUGUGUGUUGUGAAAUACUCGUGUAUUGAUGCUAGAUUCUGUGCUGUUUGUGUUUCUUGAUUUUUGUAUUUCAUACAAAUUUGGGAAGCUGUUAUGUCAAGUUCCUGUAUAUCAGUAAUAGUUGAAUUUUUUGUUUCUUACUGUAAGAUAAUUAUAAAACAAGACUUGACAGUG